UUUUAAACCUUGAAAUAAUGAGUGAUAGUGAACAAGCUGAAGUAAAACCAUUUGCUAUUGAAAGAGCAAAACAAGGAAGAGCAAAUUGUAAGAAAUGUAAAACUCAAUGUGAGAGUGGGAGUUUAAGGAUAGCUCGAAUCAAUCCCAACAACCCUUUUGGUUCGACUCCGCUUAAAAUGUGGUAUCACUUUGACUGUUUCUUUGAAGUUAAGAUAUCAAAAGCAACCAAAUUUAUUACCUGCUCUGAUGAAAUUGAUGGAUGGAAUUCUUUAUCAGCUGACGACAAAAAAUCGAUAAUUGAGAAGAUUGGUCCAUCGUUCAAAAUAACUGAAGCUCCAUCAAAGCUGCAUAAUGCUGAUGACAACCAAAAAAAUGAUUCCAACGAUAAUUUGUUUAGUGAACUCCAAAGAAUAGUUAACAAAAUAGCAAAUGAAUCAAGUUAUACGAACAAGUCAAAGAUACUUCAGAAAUUUUUGACUGAGGGUACAGGAAAGAAAUUUGAAGGGAAUCUUUCAUUAUGGCUCAAACUUUUGAUGCCAAAAGAUGCUGUGAAACGAGUUUACAAUCUACAAAGCAAACAAAUUGUAAAGCUUUUCUCGAGAAUUUUUAAAAUAAAUCAUGACAAAAUGCUUGAUGAUUUAUCUGAAGGUGACGUAUCGCAAACAGUGGCGAAGUUCUUUGAAGAUUCUAAAACUGUUAAACCAGCUUCAAAAAGCACUUUGACAUUGAAUGAAGUUGACGACUUCCUAGAACAUCUUAGCAAGCUAACUCAGGAGGAUCCACAAGAAGAGCAUUUCAAAGCACUCAUCAAACGAUGCACUUGUGAAGAUUUGAAAACUAUUAUUCGCCUAAUUAAACAUGAUUUAAAAAUGAAUUGUGGUGCUCGACAUGUUUUGGAUGCUUUAGGCCCAGACGCCUACUCGAACUUCCAAAAAACUCGUGACUUGGAUGUCAUUCUGAAUUCGUAUGGAAAUAAAAUUGGAAAGGAUCACAAAUCACGAGUUAAAAAGCAUUCAAAUCUUCAAUUAAUGACACCAAUAUCGCCUAUGCUCGCUGAACCUUGCAAAGACUUUGAGAAAGCAAUUAAAAAAUGUCCUGACGGCUUUUACAGUGAAAUUAAAUACGACGGCGAACGUGUUCAGAUUCAUAAGAAAAAUGACGAAUUUAAAUUCUUCAGUCGAAAUCUUAAGCCGGUGAUGGAUCACAAAAUUACAAAACUUAAAGAAUUCUUGCCAAAAGCAUUUCCACAUGGCAACGAUAUGAUUCUUGAUUCUGAAAUCUUGAUGGUUGAUACUUUAACUGGCGAUCCAUUACCUUUCGGUAGUUUAGGAAAACACAAGAAAGAAGAGUUUGCAUCAGCUGAAACUUGUCUGUUUAUUUUCGAUUGUCUCUUCUUUAAUGGAAACGAUUUGACGUCAAAGCCUUUGAAAGAGCGACGAAAAUUCUUAGAAGAUAAUCUGACAGUCAUUAAACAUCGAGUGGUGUUGUCUGAAUACAAACUUUUAAAGACUAAAAAUGACUUGAUUGACAUGACAAGAGAAGUUCUAAAAAAAGGACUCGAAGGUCUUGUUUUAAAAGGAGUGAAGUCAAUUUACGAACCAGGGAAACGUCGAUGGUUGAAAGUAAAGAAAGAUUAUUUGAUGAAAGGAGCGAUUGCUGAUUCAGCAGACUUGGUGGUGCUUGGGGCUUGGUAUGGAACAGGAAAAAUGGGUGGACAGUUUUCGAUUUUCCUCAUGGGAUGUUAUGACGACGACGCUUCUCUAUGGAAAACUGUGACGAAAGUUCAUAGCGGCUUAGAUGACUCUGAAAUGGGAAAUAUUCACAAAACUAUCAGCCCACUCAUGAAGAAAUGUGAUGGAAAUACAAAAUUCCCUGACUGGAUUCAACUUCAUCGUACGAUGAUUCCAAAUGCAAUUGCGACGGAUCCCUUUCAAAUGCCAGUUUUUGAGAUUACUGGUGCUGAGUUUACAGACUCAGACGUUCAUACUGCAGGUUCAAUUUCCAUUCGAUUUCCUCGAAUUACUAAAGUUCGCAGUGAUAAAUCACCACAACAAGCAACAACACUUAAAGAACUUAUUCAUCUUUACAAUGAAUCGAAGGAAGGUGUAAAUCUUGAUGAACUCAACAAAUUGAAAGAUUCCGACGACAGCGAAAUUACGAAGAAAAGAUUAAAACGACAAUCGACGACCUCAGAACUUAAAAUUCCUAGUAAGAAAAUUAAAAUGGAAAAUUGUGAAUUAUUCGAAAGAUUUCUACUUUUCUGUCCUGACAAAAUAAACGAAAAUUUCCAUAAAGAAAUUGAAGAAUUCAUUAAACUUGGGGGAAAAUGUGUUGACAGUUCAAAAGAUGCAAAUCUCGUUCUUCAUGAGACAUCUGAGAUCAAAGACAGUUCGUUUAAUUUACGUAAACUUUACAAUUCACAUUGCAAACAUUAUACGAUUGCGUGGUUGGUAGAAAGCUUAAAAGAAUCUUCAUUAAAGGAUCCAAUUUGUUAUUUUGUUAAAUGGCAUCAAAUCUUUGAAUAAAUGAAAUGUGUGAUUCAACAAUAUUAUUUAAAUAAUUAUAAAGAAAAAAGUUGUUUUAAUCAGGGCUAAAAAAUGGGAUUCAUUGCAUG